AAAAAGAAAGAAGGAGAGCACGACGCAUCCAACCUCCCACUUCCCCUAUACCUUUACACGGUACAUCACGUAAAUCAAAAUUAUCACCUAAUUAUCGAAAAAUAGAACCAAAAUUACCUCACAAACCACAACACGGGGAGAAGAAUCCCAUUAUUAAAUAUACUGCAGUAUACAACUUACAUAUAUUGUUGUUUAAUCAAAUCAAAAGCCAAACCCAGGAAAAGAAGACAAGGGCUUAUAUUGAUACUAUCGAUCUAUUGACAGCUAAUCAUAAAUCUUUGAGAAAUAGUCUAAACAUUUAUGAAUUAAAAGAUAGUGGUGGGAGAUGAUUGGAUGGAGGGUAAGCAGAAGUUGAUGCAGAGAAGAGAAGAAGGGGGAGAUGGCAAGAGCAGAAGCCAAAUGGUGUUCGUACAAACGAACCACGAUUGUUGUUUGUUCAAUUAACAUUUUUGUUGCUCUCUAUGUGCUUCACUCUUACACUUCAGUAUCCAUGUACACUACUCGCAAUGAUACCCAAAGGGCUUUUAGGUAUACCCCAGAUCAGGUUAGGAAAAUGGACGAAUCGAAUCGAAUAAGAAAACAACUAGAACCUGUGCAGCUUAUUAAACUAAUAAAGGGAUUAAAGGAAGAAUUUUUCAUUGAUGAAAAGGUGGUGCAAGUACCACAGCAAAUUAAACAGAAGAUAGCUGAUGAAAUACUAGCAACUUUGAGAGGUGUCAAUGUCGGUGACAAUGCAACAGCACAACGAGAGGCAGUUGAAAGUUGGCGCAGGAAAAAGUUAAAAGAAGCCAGGAGGCUUAUUAAUAGGAAGACGUCAAAUUCAACUAUUGCCCCAGAGGAAGCUAGUGUACUUGCACAAGCUUUGGAUGUUGACUGGGCUGAUCUUGCAGAGGAGAUUGGUCUUUGGAUACCUGUUGCAAUAAUUAAUAAGGAACAUGAUGACAAACCUGAGGGUGAAGAAGAAUUUGACAAUGAAAUUAUAGCUGGCAGGCGGCUUCCUCCUGAGUGUAACGUUGAACUUCAUACUGAUUACGGUGGCGAUGCCGUCAGGUGGGGCCUAACCCACCCAAAGGAAUCUGCAUAUGAGUGUUGCAUGGCCUGUUUGAAUCAAGCUAACAAUGCUGGACCUAAUGACAAGAAAUGCAACAUAUGGGUUUAUUGCCCAUCUGAGACAGGAUGCCAUUCUCCGGAUAUUUAUCAACACAAACAUCAGGAGUGCUGGCUGAAAUAUGCAGAGAAACCUAAAACGACUUUUAAGGACCGGUAUUCUGAAUCAUACAGAAAUGCCCACCCAAAUGCACCAGUUGUUGUUCCAUGGAUGUCUGGUGUUGUCAGUGUAUAAUUUCCCGCUAACAAAAUAUAGUUACUAAGUCUUGAGGCCUUGGGGCUUCUACAGUGUUGUGAUGUCGUAUAAGUUCCACGUGAGGCCACUGUAUCUUGGGAUAGUUGUGCCAUCAGAAUUCUUGAACUGCAGUUUCUAAGCACAGCUGCUUCUCUUUUUGUCAUGAAGCUUGGAACUUGAGUGUAACAUUCUUUUGUAUCACAUGGUGGUUAGAGUGGUACUGGUAGCUUUAAGUUAGAAAGCUGACUGACUGACUGACUGCCAAGGAUAUGUGGUUGAAAUAUUUGAAAGCUUUUUUCACCUGAUGAAUGUAAUAUCAAAGUUAUUACAUUAUUGUAUUGCCCAAAAGGUACCACGUAUUGGUACUAGAUCAA